UUCCUCCUCGUUCCUCCUCGUUCCUCCUCGUUCCUCCUCGUCCCUCCUCGUUCUUCCUAGUACGUUCUUCCUCGUGUCUACUUCGUGUCCUCUCUGUUCCUGUUCCUCCUAUUGAGCUGCAGCAACCACCUCCUGUCGAGCCGCGGCAGUCCCUCGUCUCUCCCGCCGGGCCAACGCCAGACCCCACUUCCUGCUCCAACCCCUGACCCAUUCCUGGGUACUCGCCUGGCCCUGGGAGGUCCUCUGAGUGUCCAGAGGAUGUCCAGGCCUCUAAGAAGGGGAUCCGGCCGUUCAAGCCGCCGUCAUUUCAGCUCCCAGUCCCCAGUUCCUGCUGCCGAGCCGCUGCUCCAAGACUUUCUCAAAUAAUUAGAACACGUGCUGAGCAGACGGUUUAAAAGAGCCGUGUUUCCCACCCGAGUUACUUCAACAGACGUCUUCCAACUCAGCGGUGAGCUUCCUCUCCAGGAUGAUGACGAUGAUGAUGCAGGUGACCUCACUCGUAGCUCUGCUGGUUCUUGCGACCUCCGUUCACUCCGACUCGCAGUUUUAUCUGCCCAUCGACUGUGAUGACAUCCAUCGCCAUGACAACACCAGCUCCAGUGGGGUGUACACCAUCUACCCCGGGGGUCCCACCACACCCAUACACGUCUACUGUGACAUGGACACUGACGGGGGCAGAUGGACGGUAUUUCAGAGGAGGAUCGAUGGGACUGAAAACUUCUACAGGCCCUGGAAGCACUAUAAGACUGGAUUUGGGAACGUGGCCGGAGAAUAUUGGCUCGGCCUGGAAAACAUCUUCCUGCUGAGUAUGAGGAAGGAAAAUGAGCUGCGGGUGGACAUGGAGGACUGGGAGGGAGGGAAGGCGUCCGCCCAAUACUCCUCCUUCUCAAUCGAAUCUGAGAACGCCGGCUAUCAGCUUCACCUGGGCAGCUUCACUGGCGGAGCGGCAGGUGAGGAUUACUGGGGACAUAACAACAUGAAGUUCACCACGUUUGACAAAGAUCAGGAUACUGGGAUAAAAAACUGCGCUCAGCAUUUUCUAGGUGGAUUCUGGUACAGCAACUGCCACAUCAGUAACCUCAACGGCAUGUACGCCCCUCAUGGUGCCAUUGGAUUGAUAAACGUCCACGUUAGUUGGCAAGCAUGGAAGGGCACGAAAUACUCUCUGAAGACUGUUGCUAUGAAGAUCAGAUCAGUCGAGUCGUGCACACAUUAAAAAACACUCAGGCAGAUUAUUUUAGGUCAACAGUCUGAAUGCUUCUGGUUUUAGCUGGUGAUCAUUUUUAAUGUUACAAGUAGAAGUCCUGCAUUAAAAAUGUUAAAAUAAUGAAUACUAUUAUAAACUAUAUCAUUAGAUUAUGGAGCUAAUUUUAACUAUUUUGUGACUGCAACUACUGAUUAUUAAUCUGCUGAUUGUUUUUUUGUUUCCACCAUUAAAUGUUUAGUUUAGUUCUUUGCAUUUAAAA